UUGAUUGCUGUGCAUUUAAUGAUUGUAAUCUGCUGCAUGCUGCUUUUUUUGCUGAAGCUAUUUUAAUGAUAUUCAUUCACAAAAGGGUGGGGCUCAAGAUGAAGCAAGCAAUAACUUUACUGAUCUUAGCUGUAGCAUUUCUAUCAACUUGUCAGGGUCUUUAUCCUAAGGACUCUCCCAGCAGGUUACUAAAGGACCUGGAUGGUAUAUGGCACUUUAAGAUUGAUGACUCACUAUCAAGGAAUGAAGGAUUUGAUAAAGAAUGGUACCUAAAACCAUUAAAUGACACCAUUCUGAUGCCAGUCCCUGCCAGUUAUAAUGACAUCACUCAGGACCACAAAAUUAGAGAUUUCCUUGGUUGGGCUUGGUAUGACAGAAACUUUUGGGUACCUGGUUCUUGGUUGGAUGGUAAAACACGUGUAGUGUUGAGAUUUGAGAGUGCCUAUUAUUACACUAUAGUGUGGGUCAAUGGUAAACAAGUGAUGACACAUGAUGGAGGUCACUUACCAUUUGAAGCUGACAUUGCUGAGCACCUAGAGGAAGGACAACCAAACAGAGUAACUGUUGCUGUUAACAAUACACUUACAGCAAAAACUCUACCAGUUGGUUCAGUCACCUAUCACAAUGGAGAGGAGUAUCCUCCAAAUUAUUUUACAUUCACUGGUGAUUUUGAUUUCUUUAAUUAUGCUGGUAUUCAACGCUCAGUAAAACUCUAUACCACUCCCAAGGCAUAUAUAUCUGAUAUCAGUGUUGUUACUGAACUGGAGGAAGAUGGGAGUGCUAGUGUUGCAUAUACAGUAAUGGUAGGAGGAGUAGAAGGAAAUAAUGAAGUAACUUAUGAAGUCAGUCUAUCAGGAGUGAAGGAUUCAGGAACUGUAACUGAUGGAAUUGCUAAAGGUACUCUUAAGAUUACUAAUCCUACCCUAUGGUGGCCUUGGACUCUUAGUUCUACUCCUGGGGCUAUGCAACCAUUCCAAGUAAAAAUCACAACUGAUGGUGUUACUGACAUGUAUAUACAAUCUGUUGGUCUGAGAGAAAUUACAGUGACAGAGGAUCAAUUUCUCAUUAAUGGCAAACCAUUUUACUUUCAUGGAAUUGGCAAGCAUGAAGACUGGGAUAUUAUUGGUAAAGGUAUUAACGAUGCUCUUCUCAUGAAAGAUCUCAAUGCACUUCUUUGGCUAAAUGCAUCAGCAUUUAGAGCCACUACCUAUCCCUUUGCAGAAGAAAUGCUGGACCUAGCUGACAAAGCAGGCAUUGUAGUUAUUGGAGAAAGCACUUCAGUUGGACAGAAAAGUGUGAGUAAUUUUGGCAAUGAGUCAUUAGCACACCAUCUCCAAGUGAUGAAAGAAUUGAUUAACAGAGACAAGAACCAUCCAUCAGUUGUAUUGUGGUCUUUAGCUAAUGAACCAGAAUCAUCUCUCUCUGUUGCUGAAGAAUACUUUCAGACUCUUGUUGAGGCUACUCAUACUCUUGAUCCAACACGUCCUGUAUCAUUUACGUGCAAUUUGGAUUACAACAAUGACAAAGUGUUCAAACACAUGGAUCUCAUAAUGCUUAAUCGAUAUCUUGACUGGUAUCAAAACGGAGGACAUCCGGAGGUUGUGCCAUAUGCUCUACGCUAUGAUUUAGAGCAAUGGAGGAAGCUGUACAAGAAACCAAUCAUGAUAUCAGAAUAUGGGGCUGGGACAAUACCGGGAUUCCACAAGGACCCUCCAGUCAUGUGGACUGAAGAGUAUCAGGUUCUAGCACUGUCAGCUUUCUGGCCAGUGUUUGAUGAAUACAGGAAAUCUUUCCUAAUUGGUGAAAUGGUUUGGUCCUUUGCUGAUUUUGAAACAGCUCAAUCAACUUCACGCACCGAUGGCAACCACAAAGGUCUACUGACACGUCAAAGGCAACCAAAACUAGCUGCUCAUGUUGUAAGGGAAAGGUUUUCAGCAUUGGCUGAAGGAAGAGACUACCAUCCUGAGAAAGUAUCAGUAAAAUAGUGAUUGGAUAUAUGCUGCUAUAAAAGCUACACAUAUUGCUGUUUGCUUUAUAAGUAUAUCUACAUGGCUGCUGAUCAAUAAUUCAAUUUGUAUAGAUUAUCUACUACUAUUAACAGUUUGUUCAUACCUCUUUUACACUUCUCAAUA